GUUCUACAAAACUAGAGGUGACAAGACUACAUUAUUUUGUAAAAUGAGUAGUAAAAAUGAGUAAACAAAGUGAAUUAAGUUUGACCAUGUGAAUAGUGUCUGAGAAGAUCUAUGGUGGACAGAGAUCCUCCAAGAAGAGGAAAAGCAUCGAUUGGUCAACUUCCAGAUGACAUCUUAAUUGACAUUCUCAGUAGGCUUCCUGUAGACACUGUUUUACGAUGUCGCACGGUCAUCCAGAACCUCACUAGUGCCCCACUCUCUCCACCAAAUUUGGCUCUUGUGGUCACCGUACAAAACACUGAGUCUCAUGAAAAUGAAUUAAAGGAUGACUCAAGCGCCGAAUCACAUGUUGGGGAUGUUAUGGACAAUAGGCCUAAACUCAUGAAUGAAGAGGACGAGAGGUCCAACGCCGUUGAAAAUAAUGAAGGUGAUAUUUCAAAAGAUAUUGUUAAUGUGGACACCGAUCCGGUCCAUGCCUCAACUUAUGUAUUCGUUGCAGAGCUUGCCCUUCUAGAAGGUGCCAACAAGGUGGCAGAUGCAGAUAAUAAGCAUGCAGACAACCCCUUUUCGUUUGACACCAUUAAGUUGUUUGACAAUGUUGAUGCGGUCAAGACAAAGCACCUAGUUUCACCAAGAGAACCUACACUGGGUAUUGGCUCUAUCCCACAUGUCCCUCGGUUUGAUCUAAGAUCCAAGAUGAUUGAAGAUUUAAAGAGUGGACUACUCCCUUGGUUCAACACUCUUUCUCUGGAUCCUCCAAGAAGAGGAAAAGCAUCGAUUGGUCAACUUCCAGAUGACAUCUUAAUUGACAUUCUCAGUAGGCUUCCUGCAGACACUGUUUUACGAUGUCGCACGGUGUGUCAGGACUGGAGAAGUUUAACAUUGUCCCAUUAUUUCACCGGGUUGCAAGCCGAAAGAGCUCCUUCUGCUGUCAUUGUGCAAGGUAUACAAUUGGGACUUCACAAGAAAUCUGAUGAUUACUAUAUUUAUGAUGCAGUUUCCAAAAAGUUGAGACAAAUUCCUUUCAAUCUCAACAUCUACAAAGGGUUUUAUUUUCCAUCCGUUCGCGGUGCAUGUGGCGGUCCGUUUCUUCAUCUUAAAAGUUACGCGACGCUUUGGAAAGAUGGUACGAACAUCUUUUCCUCUCAUCCAAUCAAAUGCGACUUUGUUUUCAACAUCAUCACUCAACAACUUCUAGGAGUUCGGUCUGAACUCCAAGACUUUGUGUGUGGUGUUUACUUUCACAAGGCGACAAAUGAAUGCAAUUAUCUGUGCGUGCGUCGUGUUUCUGCCGAGGAGAGGUGUUUUCAGUACUUUUCAUACAACAUCGUUUCGCGCACCACGAAGAAAAUUGCUUGUAGCCGUUUCUCUUGCAGGCAGGACGCAAACAACUAUCCAGUAGCUUUAAACGGAGCGCUUCAUAUGAUGACGUGCGACGAUUGCAUGCAUGCAGUGUUGGUAUUCGAGAUCGACUCGCGAAAACUCUACGCUUUGCCACACCCAGAAGUUGAAUGUGUUGAUGGGCAAGUGGAUGGUCAUAAGCUCAUGACUUUGUUUGUUCAUGAUGGACACUUGGGCAUGUGCCAUGCACGUGACCUAGGAGUGGGACGUUUCGACAUAUGGAUUCUGGAGGAUUAUGCGAAAUGGCGCUGGGUUCGAAAGGCCAGGUUUACACUUCGAAAGCCGAGGUUUGGCCUUGAUACUAUGAGGGAUAUGCUAGCGGGUGGUUGUUUCAUGGUUUCGAGCAUCGGAAAGGACGAGUUGUUUAUAGGUUGGUUUUCACGUUUGUUAUUGGUUGUCAAUGUGAAGGAGCAAAGUAUUAAAGAAAUUAAAGUGCCACAUAAAUUGAAGUCGGCCAAUAUUCGUCGUUGUGCUGCUUACACCAGUAGUCUCGUGACUCAUCAUGGUUGGUUAGGUUAAUUAGGACCUCAUGCCAAAUCUGCAACACUUUCAAAGGCAACUAGUUCCAAAUGCAUGUUCUUUAUUACUAAAUUUUCAUGAUUAAUUAUUAUAAGUAAUUAUCAAUGUAUGAUUUAAACUUUUUUAUUUUCUAAAUAGAACUUAAUAAUGUCUAGUAAAAGAAUUAAUGUCCACCUUGUCCAGGUGGACAGUUACUUGAAUAAUAACUAAUGAAUUUUGACCAAUGAU